AUGGACAAAAGGGAUGAUGUUACGAGUCCGUUGCUAGAAAGCACAGAACUCGGAGAACAAGGAAUGGAUUUGUUUGAACCACCAACAUCCUUUUGCAAGCUCGCCAUUCGUCUCGAAGAGAUCCUUGGCGAAGAAGAUAAGACAAAAGUGUUUGACAACACAACAGAAACAAACAUCGAAAAUAAACCAGAGAACAAGAAGUACAAGAAAGCUAUUGAACACACACGUCGAGCAAAUAACGUUUCCAAACUCGAACCGGGAAUUAUAAUGACUGAGAAAAUGCACCACAAAGAUAUCGGGCCGAAGAGAUAUGUCGAACUUGGUCAACGCGUUGACUGA